AUGGGGGUUCCGUCGGGGGACGUGGAGAAAGGCAAGAAGCUGUUCAUGCAACGUUGCGCCCAGUGUCACCCUAACCAAAGCGGGGCGAAGCACAAGGUGGGGCCCAAUUUGAGCGGAAUCGUCGGUAGAACGGCCGGCAGCGUCUCCGGCUACAGCUAUUCCGACGCGAACAAGAAGAAAGGGGUGACUUGGAGCGAUAGCGUCCUCUUCGAUUACCUGGAGGAUCCCAAGAAGUACAUACCAGGCACCAAAAUGGCCUUUGCUGGACUGAAGAAGGCGCAAGAUAGGGCAGACGUUAUUGCCUAUUUAAAAACCAUCUAA